AGAGGGGGAUUUGGGGAGUUGGAGAAAGGGGAGUGGAGGUUCCUUCUAAUUUUGAGCCAUGGUGACGGUGGUGGCUACUCAGUUACUACUCUACUUAGCUACUCAGAGUCAGACGUGCUGUUUUGGUGGAUCAUUUUAAUAAGAGAAUGGUCUGAACGUGUUUGAGGCAGCAGGAACUAAAUGCUGAGAGAAGAUGAGUGACGUGAAAGUGGAGGAGAGCAUCAUGUCGUACUUAUCACAGACUGAGACUGGCGCCGGCCCCAAAGACUUAAACGUGGUGGCCAUUCUUCAUAACUUCUGGGAGCAGAAGCAGCUGAAUGGUUCCUCCAGUGACUCGGAUGGUUUUGGUGGGAAGGGAGCUGGCCAGACAGAGAGCCUGCUGUUGUACGAAUCUGCACCUUCUCCUGGUCCUCCAUACGUCUGCUAUGUCACGCUUCCUGGAGGAAGCUGUUUUGGUAACUAUAAGGUGUGUGAAACUCAAGCAGAAGCUCGGAGGGACGCGGCUCGCGUGGCUCUGAUGAACUCACUUGUGAAUGAGUUGCCAUGUCGACGCAUUGACCCUGAGUUCAUCGCUCAUAGUUUGCGUCAGGCGGCCAGAGACAGUGCUGUUUCUGUAGAAGAUGCAUGUGAUUCGGGUACCAGUAUAGGAACCUACAGUUUGCUGCUUCACUCCUACAUCGGAAGGAGCAUGCUGGAGUUCCAGGAGAUGAUGACAAUUUUCCAGUUGUUGCACUGGAACGGGACUCUGAAAGCUCUGAGGGAAAGGCAGUGCUCUCGACAGAGUGUGAUUAGAUAUUAUUCUCAGCGAGGACUCGAUGAGUACGUGCGCAGCAAUAUGGCUCUGGAUUGGCUCGGACGGGAGCAGAGAUCACCGGGUCUCAUCGGAGCGGAGCUGCAGGUGGCACAGAGGGAGCUGGUGUUGGCCCGGCGUCGAGGCAUAGAGCUGCGCUUCUACAAGGAAAAGACAGAGAUCCUUAGCUUGGCUCUCAGCCAAGCAUACAUUCCCCACACACCUGAGGUCUUCAACCAUUCACCGAGUCACAAAUACAAGCAAGAGCACCUGCCUUUAGACACAUUUUACAGCCAGGACACAGAAGCCCAGAGAGCCCCACCCUUAAGCCAUUUGCCACCGGUCCAUAAAAACACACAGCAAACAGUCUGUGAAGCCUCUGGACUCUCUGAUAGUCCUUCAUCAUGCUCAGAGCAAACAUUUGAGCCUUUAGAUGACUUUGAAUAAACUGAAUCACAAAGUAGAGGAUGGGCGAAACAUAUUGCCAUUUAACUCUAUACAUCCUAAAGACCCACUAGGAUUAACCAUGAAGCUCUUUUCUGAAGUGUUUUCUGUCAUAUUUGACACAUGAGAAGUUAGUGAGGGUAUUCUUUGCCUCUGCAGCUACCUUUGGAAAAAAUCUGCUACAUCUACAUUUGCUACACAGAAGGCAACUAAUAAAUAGAAUGUUUUUUGUCAGCAUCACUAAGAGUUUAAAAAGAGGUUUUACAAAAUUGAGUCGAGGUGUUAUUAUGAUGCCCAGCCAUUAUUAACAUACAGUUUAGUUUGUGACUAUAAAAGUAUGGCUCACUGUAAUGUAUAAGCAGCUUUAACAACAAUAAAUGUAGCAUUCAAGUGAUUUAGAUUAAAUAGUAGAAAACUUAAUUACAUUUUUAAUGUGAACCUCAGUUUUUUAUUUGUUUUUUUUUUUGUGAAGAGCACUCUGUUACUGUCCUACAUUUUAUUUAUGCACAUUCUUGUAGCAAUGUAGCAUGCACAGUCACAAAAAAGAGCAUUUUCAUAGCACUCUAUGCAGUCCUACCUAAAGCAUCCCUAGCAGCAGUAACUUGACUUUAUCAGUCUUUUUUUUACAACAUUGCUUCAGUUCAUUGAGGUUUAUGGGCAUUUGUUAUCCACAGCUCUCUUGAAGUCCCCCUGCAGUAUUUCAAUCAGGUUUAGGUCUGGACUUUGACUCGGCCACUAAACACAUCGAUUCUUUCCUUUUUCAGCUAUUCUGUUGUAGAUUUCCUGUUGUGCUUGGAAUCAUUGUCCUGGCAUGUGACACAAUUUGAUCAAAGUUUUAGAGUUCAUGGUGGACUCGAGGACUGCAAGGUGCCUAGGUCCUGUGACUGCAAAACAAGCUUAAACUGUCACCCUUCCACCACUGUGCUGACAGUUGUGUUUGUGCUGAUAUGUUGCGUUUAGGCUUUGCCAAAUGUAGAGCUGCGCAUUAUGAACAAAUAGCUCCACCUUGGACUCAUCUGUCAAGAAGAUUUGUCAUUUGUUCUGAUGCAACCUUGCAAACCUAAGCUGUGCUGUCAUGUUCUUUUUAGACAGAAUAGGCUUUCCCCUGGCAAACUUUCCAAACAACUUAUACUUUUUCUGUCUUUCUUUAAUUGUAACACUGAACAUACUGAGGCCAGUAGAGUCUUUCUGUUUGUCAGUUAAUCAAAUGCAUUUGAUGAACAGCACCUGGCUGCCGCUCACCCUUUUAGUUCCUAUGGAAGCAGUCAGGGUGUCCUUAGUUUUUCAUGGGAAAUCAUAGACUGCUUAGACACUCUUUUUCACAUGA